UAAAUCAACACAAUUAGUUGCGGAGUUUUACCCUUCUCCACAUAACAACACACACAUGUUUCCACCUCCUGAAACGUUUCACUGACACAAGCACACGGGUAAUGUUUCACUAUAUAGAGCCAGUGAGCACUUCAUAGUUCAGAGAGCCUUUCCUCCAUAAUUAAGAAAACACACUGUCCUUUGUGUCCUUUUUCCCACUGUCCUCGCACACAUGGGUCGCCAUUCCUGUUGUUUAAAGCAAAAACUAAGGAAAGGUUUAUGGUCCCCUGAAGAAGAUGAGAAGCUAUUCAAUUACAUAACAAGAUUUGGUGUUGGGUGCUGGAGUUCAGUUCCCAAACAAGCUGGACUACAAAGGUGUGGAAAGAGUUGCAGAUUGAGAUGGAUAAACUAUUUAAGGCCUGAUUUGAAGAGAGGGAUGUUCUCUCAACAGGAGGAGGAUCUUAUCAUUAGUCUCCAUGAAGUUCUAGGAAAUAGGUGGGCUCAAAUUGCAGCACAGUUGCCAGGGAGAACAGAUAAUGAGAUUAAAAAUUUUUGGAAUUCAUGUUUGAAGAAGAAGCUAAUGAAGCAAGGGAUUGACCCUGCGACACACAAGCCCCUCUUAAACAAUGAAGACCAUCAAAUAAAGGAAGAGAAAGAAAGCACCGAUACACCACCACCUAUGCUAAUGCCAGUGUCUCAAGGACUUUUAGCUUCCUGCCAGGGUUCACCACUUGUGAUGAACAAUUCAAAAUAUUAUGAUGGUGGGUUAACUGUAAAAGAAGCUUCAAGUGAAGUUUUCAUGAGCAAGCCUGCAUUGGACCCUUUGUCCUACUUUGAAUUCCAAAUGGGUGUUGCUGAUCAGUGUGGUUAUGAUUCAAGCCUUAACCAGGCGGGAACCAAUUCAAGCUAUGGAUUUUCUUCAAUGCCAUGCCUAGAUAGUUCUGACCAUGGACACGUGUCGGUGGGAGAGUUUUCAGAUAACAACUCAUGUUCUAAAAUCAGUUCUUUUUUAAUGAAGGAAAGUUCCAGCAAUAGCUCAAGCAUGAGUGUUUAUGCAGGGUGUCAAAUGAGUAGCAUGAUGGAAAAUGCUGGGUUUUCAUGGGAUGGUGAGAACAAGUUGGAUCCUUUGUUACAGUUUCAAGUCAAUGCAGUAAAAUCUGAAGAGUUCAAGACAGGUUCGUGGCAAGAAGCACAGAUGCUGAGUCAGAACUCAAUAGACUUCACUAACUAUUCGUUAAUGUCACUAUCAGAGGAUCUAACGGGAGCAAAUUUUGAUGUGUUCCAGCAGAUUUGAACUGUAAAUUCUUUUAUUUUUAAUUUUUUUGUUAUUAUUUUUUGAACUCUUUCUAUCGUUGAAAGUUGAAACAAGGUAGAAAACAUAGAAAGAAGUUGACAGCACAGGAAAUUUCUAGCAAAAGAUUUGAGAAUUGAGAUCAUCCCCA